UCUGUGCAGCUCAACAGGAACGGAGUGCGAAGUCAGUCGGUGAGAGAGGAAACACGAGGAGGUCGCGGGUUCCGAGACGAGAGGCUGGGACGGACAGGACGUGCAGUGAAGCAGCUGAAGGCGAUGGGGGUGAAGUGGGUGAUGUGGGUGAUGGCGGUGAUGGCGUUGUGCGACCUGGGAUGUGCACAAGCCUCACGCACAGGCUCGUGCGAGGAGCGCUGCGAUGAGGCGCUGUUCUCCGGCCUCAGCCAAUCGGAGUGCGCCUGUGAUCCCUACUGCAAAGGACGCCGGGACUGCUGCUCGGACUACGACGACCUCUGUAUCACAAUAACUCGUGGCGACCUCCCUGAUGACUUUGACCCCUCGGUGGAGGAGGAAGAGGAGGACCUCACCAGCGUCAUCAUCCACCCUGAGGCUGACAUCAGCCACGAGGAGGGUGGCGUGGAGGGGGAGGCUGGUGCUGGUGGUGGUGCUGGUGGUGCUGGUGGUGGUGGUGGUGCUGGUGGUGGUGGUGGGAGGGGAGACGAUUUUGAGGAGGUGCUGGGAGGAGGCACCGCUGAGGAGGGCCUCUAUCCGCCCAGGGUUCCUGCGAGACCGCCACCGCAUCAACCAGAACCACCAACGCCACACCAACGACCACGACCGCAACCACCGCAACCACCGCAACCACCGCAGCAACCUCGACCUCCACAGAGACCCCCGUCCUCAGAGUCCAUCGAUCAGAGGCCCGGCUCCCAGCGUCCCCACGGGGCCUCGACUCCCCUGGGACCCCAACCGGGGCCCCAGCGGCCCCACGGGGAAGGCCCAGGGCCUGCCGCCGCAACCCCUGGGGAGGCCACGGGGUCCACGGUCAUGGCCCGCGGCUCGCCUCCCAAGGCCGAACUGUGCAGCGGAGAGGCCUUCGACGCCUUCAUGACGACCCCCAACGGGACCGUGCUCGCCUUCCGCGGGCUGUAUGUCUGGGAGCUCUUCCCCGUCUCCGGAGGCGCCCCCGGCGCUCCCCGGCUCAUCGAGGAUGCGUGGGGAGUCCCGGCCCCCGUGGAUGCGGCCUUCACGCGCAUCAACUGCCAGGCGCUCUCCUACAUCUUCAAGGGAGACAAGUACUGGCGCUUCACGGACGGGGUGCUCGACCGCGGCUUCCCGCGGAGCAUCUCUCGGGGAUUCCCGCGGGUCCCGUCCGCUCCGGACGCGGCCUUCGCCGUCCCUCGCUCCCGGCACGCUCAGGAGCACGCCUACUUCUUCAAGGGAGGGCAGUACUACAAGUACACGUUCCGUCAGCAGUCGAGCUCCCACGUGUGCCGGCGGCACCCUCGCCCGCGAGCCCCCCACUCGGCGCACUUGCACGGAGCCCCCCACGGCUGGGAUGCCUUCAUGAGCCGCUUCUUCUCGGCCAGACACGACAAGUGCUACCCGCGGGACACGGCACGGAGCUGGCGCGGCGUGCCCACGCGUGUGGAGGCGGCCAUGUUGUCACCCUACCCCCACGCCAGCCUGGACGUCUACUUCUACAGUGGAGACUCCUACUACCGCGUUGACCUGUCCAGCCGUCGAGUGGAGCGUGCCUCUCCGCCCUACCCACGCUCCAUCGCCAAGUACUGGCUCAACUGCGACGUCAAGUGACCCCGUGCUACCCCACCCCCCGUGACGUCACAAAGGGCACGUGGUCGUGACGUCACAAAGGGGGGUGAUCCCCCCCUCUCCCCCUUCCUUCCCACCCCUCCGGGCGGUGACUUCACUUUCACGUGCGUCCGCAAGACUCCGGAUCGUGUCAUGGACUCGUGAAUUACGCCAUAGAGAGAGUCACACAGAGAUACGUAGAGACCCGUAGAGAUACAAAGAGACCCGUAGAGAUACAUAGAGACCAAUAGAGAUGCAUAGGGACACGUAGAGAUACAUAGAGAUACAUAUAAACCAAUAGAGAUCCAUCGAGACACAUAGAGAUACAUAGAAACCAAUAGAGAUACAUAGAGAUCCAUAGUGAUGCAUAGAGACACGUAGAGAUCCAUAAAUACACAUAGAGAUACAUAGAGA